AUGAUUUCGACUCUCCUCUUGGUGAUUUUGACGGUUUUGUUGCCUCCUGUGGGCGUGUAUUGUGUUGCUGGGUGUGGAGCUGAUGUACUCAUCAACAUCUGCCUCACCCUCCUCGGCUACUUUCCCGGCCACAUUCACGCUUUCUACAUCCUCUACAUCUUCUACUCUCGCAAAGAACAACAACAACAAGCCUCUUCUCAACAACAACAAGGAGGAAACUACCCCUCCCAACAAAAUUUCCGCUCCGCUCCAGGAAUUUAUAGCACAAAAGUCCAAUCGGGAGGGUUUGCUUCUUCUUCGAGAAGAGGAAGAGGGGAUUAUGGAACUAUGGCUGCUGCACCUGCACAUCCGCCGAAUUAG